AUGAGCGCCGUCAGUCAAAGCGAAGCAGACCGGGUGCUACACCUCAAGAGCCGAGAGCGAGAGGCUCAUGCAUGCUACACAUGCAGAAAGCGGAAAGUCAAAUGCGAUGGAAACCAACCAUGUCGUACUUGUCAGAAGCGAAAACACCCCGAAAUCUGCACCUACGCCCUUGCACAUUCGAGGCGCAGAUCGGCUUCUCGCCACAGUGUCGCUCGCUCGGCUUCGCCCAGAUCACCGGCCGUAGCAAGCAACGAACAAGCACGGCCUGAUGAUAGUUCGAAAAAUUAUGUCUAUUCUGGUGACAAUUCGGUUGUUUCGAUCCUGCGCAUGCGAGCAUCGGACGUCAAUGGAUCGGUGGCCCGCGAUGUUGGAUCUGUUCUUGGUCUGCAGAAUACCUUCAGCAAUUAUAUUUUUAUGGAUUCGAAGACGCCGCUUGAGAGGUGGAAGUCACUGCUGACUGUAAUGCCUCAGAGAUCAGAGGUCUUGAAAUUCUUUCACUUUUAUCGUGUCACAGCAUAUCCAUUCAAUCCAAUACUCGCUGACAUAGACCGCUUUGAAUCUGAUUUAUGCACCUAUCUCAAUGCUCACGCAUCUGGUGAAGUACGCGACCCGGAAAAGAUCACUGAUCGCUGGGCAACCGACAAGUCUAUUGGCCAUAUCAGCCUUCUACUAGCAACAUUGGCGGCAGGGGCGCAUUACUCCGAUACUGAAUACCCCGAACGCUUUGAACUGUCAACUGACUUUGCCCGUCGAUCAUUUCAUGCUCUCCGCUUGGCCAAUUUCCUUUUCCGACCAUCACUAGAUAUUAUACAAGCGCUGCUUAUCUUGGGGAAUACGCUGCAGAAUAUGGGACAGUCCGACGCCGCCUGGGCGUUACUGGGAACGACGAUCCGAUUAGCUCAGACUAUGGGCCUACACACUGAAAGGAGUACUGUUCACUGGCCGGAAAAUGUGAGAACGAAGGCCAGGAAUCUUUGGUCAACAAUUGUCUGGCAGGAUAGUUUACUGUGCCUUUGCUAUGACCGACCGCCUAUUGUCUCCGUGACUGGCUGGUCUCCCGUUAACUCGUUUUUCGAGAGACAAGACUUGUCCUUCGCAGAAGUGAUGUACUUUAUCUGUCGUAUUGGUCUAGAUACUAUGCGACCGGAAAGCCUCAGCGUCGCUGAAUAUGAACUAGCAAUAGAAGGGUUGCGUCAGCUAGAUUAUGCUCAUCAACGCGGUCUACCACAUCUUCGAUCACGGGAAAAUUGCACAACACUACAACAACAUCUCGAGCAUUUAGCUCUUAGAAUGCACACCUCCUUUUGUGUAUCGGUUCUCUGCCGACCGGCCAUGAAGCAGUCCACCCCACAGCCUUUUCUCCACCACGCUGAUAUUCUUCGGGCGCGUGCCAAAGGAAGCUUGAUCGAUGCUUCCAGGGCAUUUCUUGAUUUUCAAGCUCUAAGUACUGUUCCAUUGCGGACCUGGUCAAUGGUGCAUACAGUGUUGAGUUCGACCCUGCUUCUCUGCAUCUGGGAAGAGACGCGCAAUGACCCCGAAUGUCGCAAUCUUCAACAGAAAGUCAUCGACGUCUUCUCAUCGUCUAAUUCAGGAACUAAUGACGAUGGUGCUUCUUCAUCUGAAAGUGAUAGUCAGUGGUUAUCGGCUCGUCACAUCCGAGCCUUGGUGACUUUACGAAGCGCCUUGGAUCGAGAGCAGGAAACGGGCGCUACCGAAACAGAGAACUGGGCAGAAAUGACCUCGAAUAUGGUGCCGCAAUUUGGUCCUGGGCCCAUGGACAUGCCCAACCCAUUCGAUGUAUCACCUGUCACAUAUUUGGACUCGAUCAUGAACCUUCCGGUGUUUGAUUAUACACAGGAAAAUGGAUUUCUGUGA